AUGCUUCAACGGAGUGUAUGUCAGUACUGGCCUCUUUGGCUUGCCCUGCUCCAUGCAGCAACGGCUGCUUCUUAUUGCAGUUCCUCUGAUUCGGGUUCAUGCAUCGGGCAGUUGCAGAGCCUGAAGUGGAACUAUCCCAGGGAAGACCCAGUCUUUGCAGGGCUGCUACCAAAUUACAGCAACCUCGUAAGAGCGCCCUACCUGUGCGAUUUGGACUUGGAUGGACUCGUGGACCGUCUAGACGUCAACCAGUCCGGGAGCAUCGUGUUCUCCCGACGCAUUGCUAAGCAUGCGCUCGCGCAACCUAUUGUUCUGGCAGACGUCGGAGCAGUGGUCGACACCGACGUGACGAGAUAUGUCAGUCAGCUGCAAGCUGUCGAUUGGGAUGCGGAUGGUGACCUAGACCUCUUCGUGUUCAACGCCGAUGGACAAGGGAAGGCAUUAUAUCUGGAGCAAGUGCCAGCCCCGAAUCCCUCCAACUGGAGCUUCGUUCUCCGGAUGGGGACCGCGAAUCCCCUUAGGUCCGUGAGAAGCCAGGGACAGGUCCAAGUGAUUGAUUGGGACCUGGAUGGGGACUUGGAUGUCCUUUUUGCAGAAGGGCCUUGGUCCAUUAGAGCCCCAAACUUGGAUGAUCUUGCGUACAAGGACGAGCCGGAGUUUGGAUUUCUUGAGAACAUGGCCGGUGAGCUAGUGGCAAGGGUCGGCAAAGACAACCCGCUGAACGGCUUGUCGAGCCCGGCCAGGGUCCUGGCAGUUCACGCAGUUGAUUGGGACUCCGAUGGGGACGUCGACCUUUUGUUUUGGGAGUUCUCAGGGUGGAAAAACUAUGGGGCGUACAGCUGUGGUUUAGCCUAUUACGAGAACUCUGCCAGCGGAUCCUUCACGAGGAAGGAGCGCUUGCUUGAAGACGAGAUGGUGAAUGGCCCCACAAGCCUGCAAGCUAUAGAUUGGGAUAUGGAUGGACUCUUAGAUCUUCGCGUAGGGCCUUUUAUGUUGAAGCGCAGUGUGCGGGGGACAAUAGCCGAGCGACCAGCUCAACUUAAUCCAUUGGCUUCACUCGGAUUGAGCUUUCAUGGCUUGGCAUUUGUGGACUGGGAUGGCGACGGCUUGGUGGAUGUCUUGGAUGCAGGCAAUGGGGUUCUCCGGUUUUUCCAAGCUCGUCAAGGCGAGAGCGCGCUUCCUUCACCUGAGAGUUUUCCACAGGUCCAGAUCGACGACAACACCGUUAUUGCUGCAGGAGACUGGGACGGCGAUGGAGACGCCGACCUGCUUGCCCGGGACGCCAAUGGGACGCUGCGCUACUACCAGCGGUUGGAUGCGAGCUCCAUUGGUUCACUUGCAGCGACUACUGAGGAUGACAAUCCGUUCCAGCAUGUCAAUGAUACAGAAGUGAGACAGCUCCAAAUGGCAGAUUGGAAUGGGGACGGGAGGACAGACCUGCUACUGCUUCGUCGGAAGAGAUAUUGGCAUGAGGUGGUACUGUGGGAGCAGCUUGAGGGUGGUGGCCUUGUCCGCCGGGAAGCUGUUGUCUCGAGUGACUUUGGUAACCGUCGUGGCUGUCACUUUUCGCGGUCUUCCAACUAUGACUGGGAUGAGGCUCAAGCAUUCAGUGUGGUUGACUAUAACAGGGAUGGUCGUCUUGACUUCAUUGGAAAACGGAGGCACCAGUAUUCACGAAGCCCACCAGGAUCAGGCACUGGAGAGGUAUUCUUGUGCGAGCGCACACCGAGUGGUACUUUGGGGGACAGAACGCAGCUGUUUUCCUAUGAGAGCUUCAGAUAUCAGAAUUUCAUCCAUGUUACGCCCUGGGAUACGAGCCAAACCUUGAAUUUUGUGUUGGAUUCGGACAUGUGGACACCGAGUUUCUGUGUGAGAGAGGGCGCGUGUUCUGGCAGCGGUGCCUGUGCCCCUCAUGGUUGCCAUUGUGCGACCGAGCACCAUGGUUCAGCGGACUGCUCCCUGUGCACUCCCGGGUAUUACGCAGCUUCCAGAGCCUUUGGCUUUGGAAUUGACUGCCUUCGCUGUGCAGGUGACCAGCGAAUCUGCGCAGCUCGUGGUUUUUGCAAUGACGACCAAGCCGAGGGACGGAAAGCACGGGAUGCAGGUUCCAAUGCUACAGCAGUCUUGAAGCAGGGCAAUGGAUCUUGCACUUGCAGCGAUGCUCACUUUCGAGGUACAGACUCCGCAGGCAGGACCACCUGCAUGCUGGGCUCCUGCCCUGCAGGGAUGCAGCUGGUGGCCAAUGCCGACACGAUGGUACACACUUGCGAGGCGUGCCCGAAAGGAACAGCGUCUGCGAAUGGCGAUCCCUGCCAGCAGUGCACUCCUGGUCGUGCGGCUGAACAACAAAGCAGUAUGUGCUUGCCGUGUGAGGCUGGCCGCUUUGUUGCCUCAUUUGCAGCCGCGGUCUGUUUGCCCUGUCCACCUGGAUCGUUUUCGGAUUCUGGCCAGCCUUCGUGCGUGGCCUGCUCGGCGGGUUCUGUAGCCGGCCCUGCCAGUAGCCAGUGUGCUCCAUGCAAGCCGGGGCGUUACGCAGGUACGGCAACUGAAUGUUCCCCCUGCCCUGCUGGGACGACCUCCUCUGAAGGACAGACUUCCUGCAUUGCCUGCAUGCCUGGCCGCGCCGUGCUCCCCAACGCUACAAAGUGCACUCCGUGCCAAGCUGGGUAUUUCAGGAAUGGGACCAAGACGGAGUGCUCCGCUUGCUUGCCAGGCUUCUCCUCGGAUGAAGGACAGGCAAAAUGCACUGCCUGUCCGGCGGGUUUUGUGGCUGGAUCUGCUAGUAGCCAGUGCAAUCCGUGCGAAGCCGGGCGGUUUGCAGCUGCCUCUGGAGCAGACUGUCUUCAGUGUGCGCCGGGCACUUUCUCAAAUGCAGGACAGGCAAAAUGCGCUGCCUGUCCGGCGGGUCUUGUCGCCGGAUCUGCUGGUAGCCAGUGCAAGCCAUGCGAAGCCGGGCGGUUUGCAGCUGCCUCUCGCGCAGAGUGCCUUCCGUGCGCUGCGGGCACCUUCUCGAGUGCAGGACAGUCCGAGUGCACCACUUGUGCGGUAGGCUUCGUUGCUGGGCCCGAAAGCAGCCAAUGCCACCGUUGCGCUCACACGCUUGUCGUCAUGACCUCAGAUGGAUCUCGGCAGGAUUGCCAUGCAGACUUGAAUUCACUUGUCUUCCUCCUGCUGUUCAUGGCCAGCGUGAGUGUUUGUGUUCACCUUGGCCUGAAGAGCUUGUCCUUUUAUGCACUGGCUAUCUCUGAUGUGUCCACGAACAAGGGCGGCUCGGUGGUACUCACAACCCACCAUCCACACAGAGUCCUGCGCUGGAGCUGGUCUCGGCCCGCAGUUCAACUUCGAGGAACGGGAGUCCCUGACCUCGACGCAGGAGCUUUCAGAUUCAGCGCCAAGGCUAGUGAUAGCAAGCACCUCAUCCUCUCCGUCUGCGAUCCCGAGCACGCGAGCCGCCUGGGCUCUCUCACCACCAGCUCCAUGGGAACUCUCGUCCUCGGCUCCCUGAACUUCUGGCUCUAUGCGGGGCUGCUGGGCGUCCCCUUCUCCCUUUGGCUCCUGCCGCUGUCGGCCCUUGCAGUCUGGUCGGCUUCAAAAGUCCAGCCUGCGAUGGCAGGGGUUGUCACGAUGUCUGCUGUGCUGAUCUUCAUGGCCUUGCGCCUUCUGAAGCAGCUGGCAUCCCACACUCCGAUUGCACAGGCCCGACGGCGUUUCGCCCAGCAGCUGCUUGCAAGCCGCGUCCCGAAGCCCUGCGAGCGCGGCUCGUGGCGAGCGAUGCGCAUCGAGCUCUUGCUCGAGUUCUACGAGUUUUUCAAAGCCUUCAUCCAGGAUCGUUCGAUGUACUACAUCUGCUCCAACUUGGUGAUUCCACUGACAGAGCCCGACAAGUUGUCCUAUGCCGAGCUAGUGGGACCCAGUGAGACCGCGUGGUUCAUUAGCCACUACUGGGGUAUGGGCCUUCGGCACUUCGUCGAAGCCAUCGUUUGCCAUUCCAAGACAAAAGAAGCAUCCGAGGCGGUUGCCAGCUAUUGGAUCUGCACCUUCAGCAACAAUCAGUGGCAGGUUGUAGAGGAGCUGGGAAGCGGUGACUGGCAGGAAUCCUCCUUUUUCAAAGCCUUGAGAGGCCCCAGCUGCAGGGGCACCGUCAUGAUCAUCGACGAGGCCGCGUUGCCGCUGCAACGGGCUUGGUGCUUGUUUGAGGUGCUGCAGACAAACCUCCGGUCCACGGAAGACAGCAGCUUUCUGGGGUUCCGGCUAUGCACGUCCACAGGCGUUCUGAAUGAAGGCGGUGUUGGCACUGACCUUUGCAUGACUAUUGCGGGCAAGCUGGCGGCUUUGGAUCUGCGCAACGCGCAGGCUUCAAAUCCACAUGACUUGCAGAUGAUCCAAUCCUUGGUUUAUGCCAUGCCGGGUGGCUAUGAUGCCAUGAAUGCCUUCGUGCGUGCCUCCAUCCGCGAGGCCCUCCUCUCCGUCAAGACCCGCUUUGAGGAGGAUUUCAAGAAGAUGCUGGAUCGCUUGUAG